AGAGAGAGAGAGAGAGAGAGAGAGAUCUGCCUUAUAGCUGCUAAGACUGCAGACAGAAAUAGCACAACCACUGUGAGCUGUGCGCGACUCAUUUUAUCCAAGACCACGUUUUAUCUUUCAUUAAUUAGAUGCUCAGAAAGAAGGAAAUGACAUCUGGUCCAUUCUUCUUCUGCGUCUUCAUUAUUGGACGAUAUUUCACACUUGGAAAUGCACAGGAUGUCAGUUGUCCCCUUGGCUCCUUCCCCUGCGGGAACAUCAGUAAGUGCCUGCCUCAGCUGCUUCACUGCAAUGGCGUGGACGACUGUGGGAACCAAGCUGAUGAGGACAACUGUGGAGACAACAAUGGGUGGUCUCUACAACUGGACAAAUAUUUUGCUAAUUACUACAAACUGACUUCCACAAAUUCCAUUGAGGCAGAAACUUCCGAAUGCUUGGUUGGCUCUGUGCCCAUGCAUUGUUUGUGCCGAGAUCUAGAACUUGACUGUGACGAAGCCAAUUUACGAGCUGUCCCAUCAGUUUCUUCCAAUGUGACUGUAAUGUCCCUGCAAUGGAACUUCAUAAGAACGCUCCCUCCCAACAGCUUCAGGAUGUACCAUGACCUCCAAAAGCUGUGCCUGCAAAACAAUAAGAUUCGCUCCGUCAGCGUCUCUGCCUUCAGAGGACUGCACAGCCUCACUAAACUGUACCUCAGUCACAACAGAAUAACCUUCCUAAAGCCAGGGGUUUUUGAAGAUCUCCACAGACUGGAAUGGCUGAUAAUUGAAGACAAUCACCUCAGUCGAAUUUCCCCACUCACAUUUUACGGACUAAAUUCUCUCAUUCUGUUAGUGCUGAUGAAUAAUGCCCUCACCCGUUUGCCUGACAAACCCCUCUGUCAGCACAUGCCCCGGCUGCACUGGCUGGACUUUGAAGGCAACCGAAUCCAUAAUUUAAGAAAUUUGACUUUUAUUUCCUGCAAUAAUUUAACUGUUUUGGUAAUGAGGAAAAACAAAAUUAAUCACUUAAAUGAACAUGCAUUUACACACCUCCAGAAACUAGAUGAAUUGGAUUUAGGAAGUAAUAAGAUUGAAAAUCUACCGCCAAACAUAUUUAAGGAUCUGAAGGAGCUGUCACAAUUGAAUAUUUCUUAUAACCCGAUCCAGAAAAUUGAAGUAAAUCAAUUUGAUUAUCUUGCCAAACUCAAGUCUCUCCUUGAAGGAAUAGAAAUUUCAAAUAUCCAACAAAGGAUGUUUAGACCUCUCAUAAAUCUCUCUCACAUAUACUUUAAGAAAUUUCAGUACUGUGGCUAUGCACCACACGUGCGCAGCUGCAAGCCCAACACGGAUGGGAUCUCCUCUCUUGAGAACCUCUUGGCAAGCAUCAUCCAGAGAGUCUUUGUCUGGGUCGUGUCUGCCAUCACCUGCUUUGGAAACAUCUUCGUUAUUUGUAUGCGACCAUACAUCAGGUCUGAGAACAAGCUGCACGCCAUGUCCAUCAUGUCUCUCUGCUGUGCCGACUGCCUCAUGGGAGUUUAUUUAUUUGUGAUCGGCGCCUUUGACCUCAAGUUUCGGGGAGAGUACAGGAAGCACGCACAGCCGUGGAUGGAGAGUGUUCAUUGUCAGUUCAUGGGCUCAUUGGCCGUUCUGUCCACAGAAGUGUCCGUUCUACUUUUAACAUUUCUGACACUGGAAAAGUACAUCUGCAUCGUGUAUCCUUUUCGGUGUUUAAGGCCUCGAAAAUGCAGAACAGUCGCGGUUCUGAUUUUCAUUUGGAUUACUGGGUUUAUAGUGGCGUUCGCUCCACUUGGCAAUAAGGAAUUUUUCAAAAACUACUACGGCACGAAUGGAGUAUGUUUUCCUCUUCAUUCAGAAGACACGGGGAGUACUGGAGCCCAGAUUUAUUCAGUGGUAAUUUUUCUUGGUAUUAACCUGGUGGCGUUUAUCAUCAUUGUGUUCUCCUAUGGAAGCAUGUUUUACAGUGUUCAUCAAAGCACCAUAACAGCCACCGAAAUACAGAAGCAGGUGAAGAAGGAGAUGAUCCUCGCCAAACGCUUUUUCUUUAUUGUGUUCACCGAUGCAUUGUGCUGGAUUCCCAUUUUUAUACUGAAAUUUCUCUCACUGAUUCGGGUGGAAAUACCAGAUACUAUUACCUCUUGGGUGGUGAUUUUUAUCCUGCCUAUCAACAGUGCUUUGAACCCAAUUAUCUACACGUUGACCACUAGACCUUUCAAGGAAAUGAUCCAUCAACUCUGGUACAACUACAGACAAAGGAGGUCUGUUGACAGGAAAGGGACUCAGAAAGCAUACACUCCAUCAUUCAUCUGGGUGGAAAUGUGGCCCUUGCAGGAGAUGUCCACUGAGUUCAUGAAGCCGGAUGCUUUCACAGACCCCUGUGAUCUGUCGCUAGUUUCUCGGUCAUCUAGACUCAAUUCUUAUUCAUAACUGGCUUUGGAAACCACUUAUUCUCAAGAAUACUGUGAAGUGCUUCUAAAGGGGUUUGCUGAUAUGAAGCAAAUACCACAAAAUAUGUAUCUAAGACAAGUUAGCUUAUAGUGGCACGAGGGAGAGAAAGGUAGCUGGUGUCCAUACAAAGAGAAGUAAUCAUACUGACAAUGUGUGCAUGUAUAUUAGUACAUAUUUGCAUAGCAGAUGAAAGGAAAUCUAUUUCUGGCAUGCAUUUAUGCACACUGCAUGGAGGUAAAGUGCUGAGCACACAGCAUAGAGUCUUUUUAAUCUACAUAUUGUGUUCAACUAUUAACACCACAAAUUCUACCCACAGCUCCUAGACUUCUGUUGUGCAUAUCAGCAAACAUAAGCCCCACAAACACCUUUGAAGUCUAAAGUUUUAUAAUACUCAAAGAUAACAGCAUCAGAUAAAAUGUAAGGGGCCGGUGAGAUGCUCAGUGGAUAAAAGUGAUUACUAUAUAAGUGUGCUGACCUGAGCUCUAUAUCUGGAACCCAUGGAAGGGUAUAAGAAGAAAAUACACUCUGGAGGCUGGAGAGGUGGCUCAGCAGUUAAGAGCACUGGCUGCUCUUCCAGAGGUCCUGAGUUCAAUUCCCAGCAACCACAUGGUGGCUCACAACCAUCUGUAAUGGGAUCUGAGGCCCUCUUCUAGCACACAGGCGUAUAUGCAGAUAGAGCACUCAUACACAUAAAAUAAAAAAGAAAAGAAAAGAAAAUACACUCCAGAAAAUUGCCCCCUGACCUCCACUUGUGCACCAUGGCAUGUUGUGUGUGCACACAUGCUCAUCUCACACACACACACACACACACACACACACACACACAAUUUUAAAUGUGUUUUUUUUUUUUUUGCAAAAUAGAAACGUUGCUAUUUAACGAAUCCUUUGCAUUCUUCAUGAGUCUUCACACUUGAGAGUCAACACAACAUAUUUAUUAAAGGGAAGCUUUGUCACCAACUGUGGUAGACAAACCUGUAGUCCUAACAUUGGAGUGGGAAAAGCAGAAGGGGGCUGGAGAGAUUACUCAGUGGUUAAGAGCACCGACUGCUCUUCCAGAGGUCCUGAGUUCAAAUCCCAGCAACCACAUGGCGGCUUACAACCAUUUGUAAUGAGAUCUUCUGGUGUGUCUGAAGACAGCUACAGUGUACUUAUAUAUAAUAAAUAAAUAAAUAAAUCUUAAAAAUAAAAUGCAGAAGGUUAACAAGUUUGAGGCCAGCCUCAGCAAUCUAGAAUGAUCCAGUCUCUAACAUGUAAAAGUAAAUCUUAUGAUAUGGUUCAAUUGCUAAAGUGCUUGUUGCACACAUACACAGCCAACUGACUUUGAAUUCUUGGCAUGAACAUUAAAAAUGCCAGCUGUGGUAGAGCAUAUGUAUAAUCCCAGUGCUGGGGAGGCAGAGACUGGAGGAACCUGAAAGCUUGUUGACCAGCUAUUGGGGAAGACACCUAAUGUCAACCUCUGACUUCCAUACACAUGUAUGGAUGUCACACACAGACACAGACACACACACAGACACACACACAGACACACACACAGAGAGAGAGAGAGAGAGAGAGAGAGAGAGAGAGAGAGAGAGAGAGAGAGGCAAGCUUUGUUAUAAACUCAGAACCAACAUUAUUCUGUCACUCCCUACCGAGCUUUCUAGUGGCUUUGCUUUAAGUUAUUGCCAUCGUGAGGAAACAGGACAGUAGGCAGAAUAUCUCAAAGGGGUGAGACAGAGAAGCAGGACUGAGAGCAUUUAGAUCAAUGAAAUCAAAUUCAGAGUCCAGAAAUAAACCUUUGGGUUUCAAUCAAUUGAUUGUUUAAAUGGGUCGCGAGACAUAUGUAAAGUAACCUAACAAAAUGAAAUCAAGAGGGUAUAAACAAUUUAUAUCCACACAGCAAACAAACCUUUGAAGAAAAGCUAACACUAAUGCUACUCAAAGUGUUCCUCAGAUGAAAAGUGAAGGAGCGCUAGCAAACAUACUCUACGAACCCAGCACAGCCCUGACCAAAACCAGAGGACAGAACGAUAAAAGAAAAAAUAUUGGUCAAUUCCUCGAUGAGCAUAGAUGUAAUGAUUCUCAAGAAACACCAACAAGUCAAAGUCAAGAACAGAUUACAGAUUGGGAAGAUUGCACACCAUGACCAAGUUUGUUUUAUUCGAGAUGUAACUUUGUUAAUCCAUCAUACACAAAUCAAUAAAUCUAAUAUAACACAAAAAUAGAAGAGGAUAGAUAUGGUGUGAUUAUUUCAAGACAAACACACACACACAAACAAACACUAACACACACACACACACACACACACAUACACACACACACAGAGACUUUCACAAAUUUCAAUAUCCUUCAUGAUAAAAGCCCUGUUGAAACUAAGAAUAGAAGGAGCCAAAGUUAGCAUAAUAAAGGUCACAUAAGUAAGUGACUGAACUAAGUGGGAAAUGAAUGAAGGCAUUUCCUCUAAAGCAGGGAAUGAGAUAACAGCAUCAUGGCCAGCAGGUAAACCAUCCAUGUGAGGAGAAGAGUGAGACGCGAAUCAGCAACAAUUUUGCUGGUGCUGGGUCAAAACUUCCAGAACCUGACCUUGGAGUUUAUCCUUCUUACACACUUAAGCACAGUAAAACUUUGGGGUAAGUUUCCAUGUGACAGUUAUCACGAUGAAGCUUUAGGCAUUUAGACAUAGAAGCUCCCUAGUGCAGUAGCAAAGUGUCGGUGACCCUUACGAUAAGGAUGAAUUGGGUCGGCUGAUAAACGGUGCUCAGGGCCAAAGGAGGAAGGAUUUGUAGUAAUGAUAGAUUAUUGAUGGAGGAUGCAAAGUACAUUGACCCUCCUUUGUAAGUUGAGUUCUACUCAUUGAGAGACAAGGCUCAGGAUUAGGGCCUACACAAUGCUCAGGAUAUGGUGGGGGUCAGGGAAUUCAGGAAGGCCGGCUCCAUGGAAUCACAAAAAGAUCACCAAGUUGUCAGACAACACCUAACCCAGCUUUCUGGGUGACCAGGUAUUUGCUUCCUUUGAAGAAAAUAGGCCCGCCUGUCUAACAAGUCUGGUUCCUUCACGCUUUCUCCUGUGCCUACGUUCCUGUUUCUAAGCUGUGCCUCCUACAAGUGCCCACUUACAGAAUUCUUAUUCAGUUUAUCUUUCAAAGUCUCAGCUUGAGAAAAAAAAUAAAAAGAAAUAAAAUGGACACAAAUAUGACAGGAAGAAAUUAAUAUAGACAACCCAAAGCUACAUUUAAAAGACCAUAAAGAUUCUAUUAGAAAGUUCGUGGACCUCGACAUUUUCCCUAUAGUGUUUCUAAAAAUAGAACUAGUCUGUGAUCUAGCUAGUCAACUCAUGGGUAUACGUCAACUCAUGGGUAUACGUCAACUCAUGGGUAUACGCCCAAAGCACUCUGUUAACAUAGCACAGAGAUACUUGUAUAUCCAUAUUUAUUGUAAUGUUCACCAAAAAAGGAAAGAAAACAAAAAAAGAAAAAGGGAACAGCUUAGACAUUCAUUGAAAGAAAAGGAGAAUUUAUAUAUUUACAAAAAAUUCAGUAGCCUUUGUAUAAAUCUUCAUUCAAAGUAACUUCAUCACAUGUAUAUAGAAAUACUACUGAUUUUUGUGUUUGUUUUGCAUCCUAUUUAACAUUUUUUAACAUUGAAAUCACCAGUUACAUCCAUCUUCCUGAAAAUGUCUUUUUUUUUCUCUCAGUGGCUGAAUAAAGUUUCAUUAUGCUUAUGUUAAAUGAAAUAA